AUGACCGCCUACAUGAAUCCCACUCCUAACUUGGGUUUGAAUCUCACCUAUGUGUGUCUGUUUGUGUUUGUGUUUGUGUUUGUGUUUGUGUUUGUGUUUGUGUUUGUGUUUGUGUUUGUGUUUGUGUUUGUGUUUGUGUUUGUGUUUGUGUUUGUGUUUGUGUUUGUGUUUGUGUUUGUGUUUGUGUUUGUGUUUGUGUUUGUGUUUGUGUUUGUGUUUGUGUUUGUGUUUGUGUUUGUGUUUGUGUUUGUGUUUGUGUUUGUGUUUGUGUUUGUGUUUGUGUUUGUGUUUGUGUUUGUGUUUGUGUUUGUGUUUGUGUUUGUGUUUGUGUUUGUGUUUGUGUUUGUGUUUGUGUUUGUGUUUGUGUUUGUGUUUGUGUUUGUGUUUGUGUUUGUGUUUGUGUUUGUGUUUGUGUUUGUGUUUGUGUUUGUGUUUGUGUUUGUGUUUGUGUUUGUGUUUGUGUUUGUGUUUGUGUUUGUGUUUGUGUUUGUGGUGGUUACAGUGGGCUACGUAUGUAUCAUGGGUCGGCCACGUUAUUUGGACGAUACAUCAUAUGCACGAUGUAUAGCCCGCCGCAGCAAGUGA